AUGGUACAGUCUUUUUCAGCUCACUGAUUUUUUCUCACUCAGGUUUGGUCUCAAAAAGAAUACCCUUUGAUCCCUGUGGGCAAAAUGGUCCUCAACAGGAAUGCAUUGAACUACUUUGCCGAGAUAGAGCAGCUGGCCUUUGACCCCAGCAACAUGCCGCCUGGCAUCGAGGCGAGCCCCGACAAGAUGCUGCAGGGUCGUCUCUUCUCUUACCCAGAUACACAUCGACACCGGCUGGGAGCAAACUACCUGCAGCUCCCCGUCAACUGUCCUUUCAGGACCCGCGUGACCAACUACCAGCGCGAUGGCCCCAUGUGCAUGUUUGACAACCAAGGUCUGUGUGUGUGUGUGUGUGGAGCUUUAGAAAUCAUCCACAGCCCCUCCAUUUCAGAGGGCAGCGGGGUGGGGGAGGUGUACAUGGGGUCUGUCUGA